CUUGCAGCUUCCCUCUCCGCCCUCCCCCUUUGCCAUUGCUGCAUCGUCCUCCCCGCCUCCUUGCCAGGGAGGGAAGCAGCAGCAGCAGCAGCGUCGGCGAGCGAGCGAGUGUGCGCGUUGGGGGCGCGCGCGGCGGCUUAUUCCCCUCGCUGUGUGCAACAGCCUCCGGUGGGUGCUGCCGCCUCUCGCCCCCACCUCCCUCCGCCCUAGAACCGGAGCCGCCGCCACCUCCCUCCUCCGCGCUUAUUUCCCUUCCCUUCCCAGGCUCCUCUAAGCAAGGAGCUCUUACCCAACCAGCCGCGGGUGCGUCCCUGGCGUGUGUGCAUUCUUCGCCUUCCCUCCGCCUCCAAAUCGCAACCUUAUAUAAAUAUAUAUAUAUAUAUCUCAUAUAUAAUAUAUAUAUAUAUUGCUGUUCCCUCUCCAACCCUGCUUGGUGCCUCCACCGCCGAGGAGGAGGAGCGGCAGCAGCAGCAGCAGCGGCAACAACAUGGCGAAAACCGAGCAGGUCCUGAGUCUGGAACCGCAGCACGAGCUGAAAUUCAAAGGCCCAUUCACAGACGUCGUCACCACGAACCUGAAACUUGGCAACCCUACAGACAGAAAUGUGUGCUUCAAGGUGAAGACCACAGCACCACGCAGAUACUGCGUAAGACCCAACAGUGGGAUUAUAGAUGCAGGAACGUCAAUUAAUGUGUCUGUGAUGCUACAGCCUUUUGAUUACGACCCUAAUGAAAAAAGUAAACACAAGUUCAUGGUUCAGUCGAUGUUCGCACCUCCCGAUACUUCAGACAUGGAAGCAGUAUGGAAAGAAGCAAAACCAGAGGAACUCAUGGAUUCAAAACUUAGAUGUGUGUUUGAGCUGCCAGCAGAAAACGAUAAACCCCAUGAUGUAGAAAUAAAUAAAAUUAUAUCCACAGCUGCAACAAAGACAGAAUCUUCUGUAAUGUCUAAAUCAUUAAGUUCUUCUUUGGAUGACAGCGAAGUUAAGAAAGUAAUGGAAGAAUGUAAGAGGCUUCAGUUAGAAGUUCAGAGGUUACGAGAGGAGAAUAAACAAUUUAAGGAAGAAGAUGGACUGCGGAUGAGGAAGGCGCCCCAGACAAACCACCCGGGCUUUGCUUCAGCACCUGUUGUGAAGGAAGAGGGGCUCAGCACUAGACUACUUGCCCUGGUGGUACUGUUCUUCAUCAUUGGCGUCAUUAUAGGGAAAAUCGCCUUGUAGAGGCCGCAUGCUGAGGAAUGUAAAUUGGAUUGAUGGAUCUGCCAUAUCAUUGGUAUUAAAUUUAUUCAUAACAAAUGUUUAAAAAAAAAUGUAUGACAUCUCACAGGUCUUGCCUUUUAAAUUUUUACCCCUGCACAAAUAUAACAUUAACAUAACAUAAUCUUCUAGAAAGCAUAAAACGUACAAGGAGUUGAGCAGGAGAAGAGAGGCGAGUUACAUCUUGAUUGCGAGCAGUGAGGACAAAAUCAUGUAUUUUAACACUAUAAAGGUGCAUUUUGUGUGUGUGUGGGUUUUUCUGUUUGUUUUUUUAAAGUUAAACUUCAAAGAGUUCUUGGACCUUUAUCCCAAUUACUGGACUUCUCUUCUUCGGAGGGGGG